CAACGUAACACAAUCAUAUCAAAGAUCAGGGUUUGGUAGCUCCGCUAAUUAUGGGAAUUUCGUAAAAAGACAGGUCCCUGUUGCUGUCAGUGGUAUUCACCCACUCCCCAAAAGAAAAGUGCCCCCCCCCAAAAAAAGAGCAACAACAAUAAUGAGGAUUUUCAGCCAACAAACCUAGUGAGUUCUUUAACUAGGGCUGCUGCCAGAGAUCUUUGAUGUGCUUUGGUCUUCCUCUCUCGCUGAAUUGGCAGAAAACGGCACUUAAUAUCAGUUUGAUGACGAAGACAACUCGUGCUUUUGGCAAUACAAUUCAUUUUGGCAAUACAUUUCACAAAGAGGCUUUUAUUCGAUCUGUGUCAUCAGAUGUGGAUUUUCUGUCAAAUCGAUUCCCAAACUAUAAAAUCGGAGCAAAUAAUGUGAUUAUUGAUCUAGAAGAGCAACCUGAAGUGCCUUCCCUUAAGGAGAUUGUUGCUAUAGAAACUGUGCAACUGGUGGAGCAGCAGCAGCGCCUCUCUGUUCGCGACCUCACCAAGAGAUUUGAGAAUGGAUUGGCCACUGCUGCCAAGUUAUCUGAUGAGUCUAAGUGGAGAGGUGUACCGUCGCUUGAAAAGCAUGUCCUUCUAAAGAAGCUACGGGACCUACUGGAAAUGCUGAGGGGACGAGUGGUAGGUCGAAACAAAAAUGAAGUUGACAGGGCCAUCUCUAUGGUUGAAGCUCUAGCAGUUCAGCUAACUCAAAGAGAAGGAGAGAUUUUUUUAGAGAAAGAAGAAGUGAGAAAGCUUGCUAUCCUUCUUAAAAAGGCUUCAGAAGAUGCACAGAAGAUGGUUGAAGAGGAAAAAGCUAAUGCUCGUAUGGAGAUUGAGAGUGCGAGAGCAGCAGUGCGAAGAAUUGAACAGGCCAUUCAUGAACAAGAACAAAUGUCUGGAAGUAUGAAGAAGCAGGAUCAAGAGGAACUAAUGAGAGAAGUUCAAGAGGCUCGAAGAAUCAAAAUGCUGCAUCAGCCAAGCAGGGUAAUGGACAUGGAACAUGAACUUCAAGCAUUACGUCUUCAGCUGGUAGAAAAAACUUGUUAUUCAAUCAAGCUUUGCAAAGAGUUGGAAAUGAACAAAAGACAACGCGAGAACAAAUCUCAAUUAUAUGAGUUAGAGGGAAUCGAAAGUUUAGGAUCAUGUUUACGUGUCAGUUCUCAAGUGGAUAGUUCUACUGAAAUCUCAAGUUGUUUCAUUCAAUGGUAUCGUGUACAACCUGAAGGAAGCAAGAAAGAAUUAAUUCAAGGGGCAACAAAAUCAGUAUAUGCUCCAGAGCCCUUUGAUGUUGGGCAAUUCCUGCAAGUAGAUAUUGAAUUUAGUGAUCAAAGGGAAACAUUAACAACCAUUGGUCCAAUUGAUCCUGCUGCCGGAUUAGGAAGCUUUGUUGAGGCACUUGUACGGAAACCUGAAACCGAGUUCAAUGUAGUUGUUCUCCAGAUGAAUGGGAGUGAUUAUCCCUCAAACUCAAUCCAUGUAUUUCAUGUUGGUAAAUUGAGGUUAAAACUUUCUAAAGGAAGGACCGCAAAAGCUAAGGAAUUCUAUUCCUCUUCCAUGCAGUUAUGUGGGGUCAGAGGUGGUGGCAAUGCCGCAGCUCAAUCUCUUUUUUGGCAAGCUAAGAAAGGCCUUUCCUUCACAAUAGCCUUUGAAUCAGCGAGAGAAAGGAAUGUUGCAAUUAUGCUUGCUCGAAGAUAUGCUUUCGAUUGUAAUGUUGUUCUCGCUGGGCCAGGAGACCGAUCACAUUCUGGAACCUGAUAUACUGAUAUAUGACAGGAAUUCACAAGUUUUUCUUAAAUAUGUAUGAUAUGAUAUAUGACAUACGUAUUGUGUCAUUCUCGUAAUCAAAACCCAAAAGGAUAUACAUACUGUGUGGGAGUAGAUAAUCUUAUUGACGAAAAGGUUGGAAAAGGUUUUCUUAAAUUUGUAUGUAUGUGUGAGAAAACAUAGAUCUUAUUACGAGGAAGGUUUGAUACAUGUAGUGCAUAACAUGGGAAAUGUUUGUUUGUCUGUUUGUGAUUUGUAAAUAUCAUAAUUGUAGUUUUCUAGUGCAAGUUCAGUCUA